AAUAAAUUUUGUUUCUGAAAUAUCUAUCCUCCAAUAUCAUCAUCAUUCAGUGUUUUCUCUUCUCGCCAUGUCUCUAUCUCGAUUGGUCACUCACACACGAGUCGAGUUACAACAACACUGACAUCUUCUUUUUCUUCCUUUAGGCAAAAACCAUUUUGUGUUCUUUCCAUUCUCAUUGAAGCCUAAGCACCUAUCUUAUCUCUGUUCAAAUUUUUUUCCUUGGUUAACCUCAUAAGCUUUGAGCUUUUGCAAGUUUUUGAACCAUGACAAGUAAAGCUUGACAACCCAUUAUCUGUUUUCAUUUCUGAAAAUCACUGCUUGUGUUCAUUGUUGGUGGGUCUUUUGUCUCAUGUGUUUGGAUUCGACACAGUGCUCGUUUUCAGGGUAAUUGAUACUUCAUUUUCAAUGAUUUGAAGGGCAUGCUACUAUUUCUAUAGUGGAAUCUUUGGUAGAGGGUUCCUGUUUAGUCUUAUCACAAGUAAAGCCAGCUACUUGGAGCCAAAUAUAUAUUUUGACCUUGGAGAAUGAUUUGAAGGCUCAAAAGCACACCUAGUGUUUGUAAUAUUCCUCUCUAAUGGAUAGUACCGCCGGCCUUCAUAUGCAGUUCUUUUAAACUUUAAUCUCGUUGAAUUUCACAAACUUGGAAUGUACAUUAGUUUUUAAGCAGGGGAAUGCAUCUUCUUGCUUUCUGAGCCAAAAAGGUAUACUUGAGGAGGUUGUUGACUGAAAGUUUUGAGAAAGUAAAAAGAGGGUUUACUUUCAGUUCUGUAGCAGUGAAGGUUUGGAUUUGGUUAAAAGGGUCUUGUCAAUGGUUGUUCUAUUAUUGCAUGGUGGAAUGCUGCAUUUUGGUUGUAUUUCUGAUAGUGUUUGAGAAGGUGUGAGAUAACUAGUGAUUUUGAAGUUUGAACAUGUUUUUGGGCUUCUCAUUCUCUCUUUAUCAUAUUAGAACAUAUGACUUUUGAGAGUUAUUGAGUGAGUUCUGCUGAGAAAGCCAGUUUUUUUGGGACUAUGAGUCGAGAACAGAAGCGAGGGAAGCAGGAAAAAGGUUCCGAUGGUGCUGAGAAGGUUAUUGUUGCUGUGAAGGCAUCAAAGGAAAUUCCAAAGACUGCUCUUGUUUGGUCUCUGACUCAUGUUGUUCAACCUGGGGAUUGCAUUACACUGCUAGUGGUUGUACCCCCACAAAGUUCAGGCAAAAAGUUAUGGGGUUUUCCAAGGUUUGCUGGCGACUGUGCCAGUCUUCACAAGAAGUCGACCACGGGAACAAGUUCAGAACAGAAGAAUGAUAUCACUGAUUCUUGCUCUCAAAUGAUCCUUCAGCUCCAUGAUGUCUAUGAUCCAAAUAAGAUAAAUGUCAAGAUUAAAAUUGUUUCUGGAUCACCCUGUGGAGCAGUGGCUGCAGAAGCCAAGAAAGCCCAAGCCAAUUGGGUUGUGUUAGACAAACAUCUCAAACAUGAGGAAAAACAAUGCAUGGAAGAGCUUCAGUGCAACAUUGUGGUUAUGAAACGUUCCCAACCUAAGGUACUCCGCUUGAAUUUGGUGGGUUCAAAGAAGAAGGAUCUUGAAGAAGCAUGUCCACUACCUUCUGAGCAAAGUGGGUUGCAUGGAAUACACUCCAAGAAGAAGAAUGGUACCCUAAAUUCCAUAAAAGGACCAGUUGUCACUCCAACUAGCAGCCCUGAGCUAGGAACUCCGCUAACUGCGACUGAAGCUGGCACUUCAUCAGUUUCAAGCUCUGAUCCAGGAGCUUCACCAUUUUUUAUCUCUGAGAUGAAUGCUGAGUCAAAGAAAGAGGAAACUAUCAAAGAAAAUCUAGAACUUGAUGAUAGUAAUUCAGACACAGACAGCGAAGAUUUGUCCACAUCUUCAGCUAGCUUGAGAUUCCAGCCAUGGAUUACAGAGUUACUUUUACAUCAACAUCAAAAAUCAUCUCAACGUGCUGCAGAAGAAAGAUCGGAGAGAUCUUGUAAUAGGAUUCAACUGUCUACAGCUAAAGCUUUGCGGGAGAAAUUCUCAAAGCUGGAUGGAGAAGCUGAGAUUGAAGCCUCAAUCUAUAAGACUGGCUUAAAUUUCGGUGGAGAUGUAAGAGAAGCAGUAGCAUUAUCUAGGAAUGCCCCACCAGGUCCACCUCCGUUAUGCUCAAUAUGUCAACACAAGGCUCCUGUUUUUGGAAAACCUCCAAGAUGGUUCAGCUAUGCUGAGUUGGAGCUUGCUACUGGUGGAUUUUCAAAAGCCAAUUUCUUGGCAGAAGGAGGAUUUGGAUCUGUUCACAGAGGGGUUCUACCAGAUGGACAAGUCAUUGCUGUCAAGCAACAUAAAUUGGCUAGUUCUCAGGGUGAUCCUGAAUUUUGCUCAGAGGUAGAAGUCCUGAGUUGCGCUCAGCACCGAAAUGUUGUUAUGUUGAUUGGGUUCUGUAUAGAGAACAGGAGAAGGCUACUGGUUUAUGAGUACAUAUGUAAUGGAUCAUUGGAUUCUCAUUUAUAUGGGAGACAACGGGAACCAUUAGAAUGGUCUGCGCGUCAAAAAGUUGCUGCUGGAGCUGCUCGAGGGUUGCGAUAUCUUCAUGAAGAGUGCAGAGUUGGUUGUAUAAUCCACCGUGACAUGCGGCCUAAUAACAUUCUUAUCACUCAUGAUUUUGAACCACUGGUUGGUGAUUUUGGACUGGCAAGGUGGCAGCCUGAUGGAGACACAGGAGUGGAAACUAGAGUGAUUGGAACAUUUGGAUAUUUGGCUCCUGAAUAUGCUCAAAGUGGCCAAAUAACUGAAAAGGCUGAUGUUUAUUCGUUUGGUGUUGUAUUACUGGAGCUUGUAACAGGUCGAAAAGCUAUUGAUCUGAAUAGACCCAAGGGUCAGCAGUGUCUUACUGAGUGGGCACGUCCAUUGAUAGAUGAAUAUGCUAUUGAGAAAUUCAUUGAUCCAAGAUUGGGAAGUCACUACUCUGAAGAUGAGGUUUCUUGCAUGCUUCAUGCUGCAUCAUUAUGCAUAAGGCGAGAUCCUUAUUCUAGACCACGCAUGUCACAGGUUCUGCGAAUACUGGAGGGUGACACUCUCAUGGACACGAAUUGCAUUUCAACUCCUGGUUAUGAUGUCGGAAACCGGAGCAUUUAAUUUCAGCCAGAAAGGCAGAGAAGGGGUAGCACCAUCACAGUGGUCCCUGUUUCAGUGGGUAGCUCUCUCUGAAGCACAUGCAGCUAUUGUGAGAGGGACAUGACUUAGGGGGCAUCAUGUGAAGAUGACAGACAUUUAAAGCGGUCCAUGAUAAAAGUUGCAUUCUUAUUACAUUAAGUAAGUUUUUAGCUUCUGAUUUUGUAAUAGUUUUCUCUGUUUCUCUGCUAUGCAAUCUGAUUUUGCAUCUGUAUAGAAGAGGGAAAGUAGAAAGUAAUAGGUAACUAAUGUAUAAAAGCUUUUGCAAUUCUUUUGGGAAUUUAUGUAAACUUGUGCCUAAAUGGCCUUUUGAUUAGACUCAAGAUCUGUCUAUGCUCAUCAAAUGGAUCAAUAUAACUCUAUGUAAGGUGGUGUGGGGGUCUCUCUCCAAUGCAUUUGUAUUGAUAUGCAUACUUUGAGUUUGAGAAGCAAACAAACUUAGAGGGGGGACUCACCAUCUAACUGGCACAAGAACAAGGGCAAUGAUAACGUGAAAGGGAAAUGAUUUAUCUCCUAGAGAAAUUAUUAAAUGGAAAGUUUUUGCACCCAUUUUGGAAGUGUAAGAAACAUUUAACUCUUUCUCUAUUGACUUCUAUAGCAUUACUCAAUGUGAAAAUUGUGAAGCAUUGAUGA